UAACUAUAAUAGACCGUUGGGGGCUUAUUGACAAACAGCGUUGCCUACAAUUGCAGCAACGAAACUGGUGAAUUACCGGAAAGAGCGGCAGGUGUCGGACAGUCCGGCCAGUGGAGAAAUUAUGUGAUUGAAAUAUUUAAUAGGACUAUUGUCAAGCAAUUUGCCUACGUCCAGUGGUGUUUUUGGUGGAAACUUUUUACGGGCGAACAGAUUUGGUUUCGGCAGUUUUUUGGCGGCAGCCGGGGAUAAGUUACGGCGUACGCGUGCUCCCGAUGUCCAGUGCGGAGUAGUGAGUGUGGAUGAGCCGUUUUUUUGCUUCAAUUUGUUGAAAUAAUAAGUGCCUGGGUCAUGAUGCUUUUGCCUCUAGUGAUCUGCCUGCUACCGUUGGCUUCUGGAAUCCCCCAAGUGUUAGUUCAAAGCAAUGUUCUAAACGAUGAAGAGAUUGUCGCAGUACUGCAACAGUAUGAUGAAGAAGUUCGUCCCUACUGUAACCGUCAGGUUACUGCCAACUGGAAUGUUGCAACCGACACGGAGAACGUAACAGCACAAGAAGAACAGAAUACGGCCACCCUGGCCUAUGCAAAGUUCCGCAACGACUACUACGAACGCUACUUCAAGGAUGCAGUUGUGGAGAACUACCAGGAUGAGAAGGUUAGAAAGCAGCUGCGCCUGUUAAAAGAUCUGGGAACGGCAGCCCUGCCGGAGGCCAAACUGGAAGAGUACAACAAGGUGAUGCGACAACUGGAUAUGGCUUACCAGUUGGCAGAAAUAUGCCCGUAUGACAAUCAGCAGUGCACGGAUGCUGAUCCGAAGUGGACCUUGGAUCCGGAGAUGGAGCAAAGGCUUGCCACUUCGACCGACUACGAUGAGUUGAGCUACGUGUGGCGUCGCUGGCGGGAAGAGUCGGGACGGAAAAUGCGAGCGGACUACCAACAGUAUGUUGAGUUUGUGAAUGAAGCAGCCACAUUAAAUGGAUACAGCGAUUAUGGAGAACUGUGGCGUGCACGGUAUGAUGAUUCGGAUCUCCGGGGUACGUUGGAACGGCUAUGGACUGAGGUUGAGCCUCUGUAUAAUGAGCUGCACACUUAUGUGCGAUAUAAGCUGCUGGAUCUCUACGGGGAUAAAAUGGAUCGCGAUAACAAGAUGAUUCCUGCGCAUGUGUUGGGAAACAUGUGGGCUCAAUCGUGGGUGAAUCUGUAUGAUCGGAUUAAACCCUUCUCGGAUGCUAGUCAGGUUGAUGUAACCGCUAAGAUGCAAGAGCUGAAUUUCAACGCUAGGAAGAUGUUUGAAAUGUCAGACGAGUUUUACCAGAGUUUGGGUUUGCCGAGCAGUGCAAUGAGUUAUGGGCCGAAAGCCAUUAUUGAGAAGCCUGAACAGAAGAUGGUGUGUCAUGCAUCGGCGUGGGAUUUUUGUGACGGUGAAGAUUUUCGCGUUAAGAUGUGUACCAGUGUUAAUAUGGAAGAUUUUAUUACCGUUCAUCAUGAGAUGGGUCACAUUAUGUACUACAUUCUGUACAAGGAUCAGCUGCAGUUGUUCAAAACGGGAGCAACUCCCGCGUUCCACGAAGCGGUCGGAGACACGAUUGCGCUUUCCGUGGCAACCCCACAGCAUCUGCAAAAAGUUGGGCUUCUCGAUAAUUACGCAGAUAGUGAAGCAGACAACAUAAAUGCACUGUUUCAAAUGGCAUUGGAACGAGUGGCAUUCCUGCCUUUCGGAUAUCUUAUUGAUCUUUGGCGUUGGGAUGUAUUCAGUGGCGCGGUCAAUGAAAGUAACUGGAACAACCAUUGGUGGAAUCUGCGGGAGAAGUAUCAAAAAGUAUACGCGCCGGUACCGCGAUCGGAAGACGACUUCGAUCCAGGAGCAAAGUAUCAUAUCCCUGCCAGCUCACAGUACAUAGCGUACUUCCUAGCGCACAUCUUAGAGUUUCAGUUUUAUCGGUCACUUUGCAUUGAGGCAGGCCAGUAUGAUCCAACCAACAGUACCACCAAUCCAUUGCAUAAAUGUGAUUUCUACAACAGCAAAGCCGCUGGUGACAAGCUCAAGGAAGGUCUGGCACUUGGUUACAGUGAAGAUUGGAGGCUCGCUCUGGAGAAGUUGACCGACGGGCGAGACAUUAGCGGUCAAGCUUUGUUGGAGUAUUUUGCUCCGUUACGUACCUUCCUGCAACAGGAGAAUAAAAAGUUUAAAAAUGCUGAAAUGGAAUCCAUCAUCGAAAAGUACAAUGCACAAUAUGAGGUAGCUUGUAACCGGCAGGUGAAGGCUCAAUAUGCUACACAGGUCGAUGUCGGUAAUGUAACACUACUACAAGAGCUAACGGAAAUCCUUACCGAAAAUACUAAAUUUGUGCUGGAGAACUUUGAAAAAUAUUUUUCCGAUGUUGAAAUUUCGGACUAUGAAAAGGCGGAGAUUCGUCGACAGUUGCAGCAGCUGACACAGAUAUCAGUUAACAGGCUUCCUUCCGAGGAUUUCGUUGCGUUGAAUAGUGCUUUAGGCCGAAUGCAAAAUAUAUACAGUAGUACUCUUAUUUGCCCCUAUAAUGAUCAAAACUGUUCCCAACCUAGCAUGAGCUUGGAUCCGGAUCUGUACGGAGUUCUAGCCAACUCUGAGAAUUAUGAUGAACUGCUGUAUGCCUGGAAAGAAUGGCGUGAUAAAACGGGACGAUUUAUGAAGAACGAUUAUGCGGACUACGUUAAGUAUAUGAACAAGGCGGCCGGGAUUGCCGGCAGUGACGAUAUGGGAGAAUUGUGGAGAUUAGCCUUCGAAGAGGAAAACUUUGUCGACAAGAUGAAGCAGUUGUGGGAGCAGCUGAAACCAUUCUACGGCGAAUUGCACAAAUACGUGCGUCGUAAAUUAAUAGGUAUUUAUGGGGACAAGAUGGACGCUGAUGAUCCGAACAUUCCGGCCCAUUUGCUGGGUAAUAUGUGGGCUCAAUCAUGGGUCAAUCUAUACGAACGUACGAAACCGUUCGAAAAUGCGUCUGACUUGGAUAUUACCAAAACAUUAGUGGCAAAGAAUUACACCAUCAAGCAGUUGUUUGAAAUAUCCAACGACUUCUAUACCGGGUUGGGGCUCCCUGAUAACAGUAUGAGUUACGACGAGAGUCUUGGAGCUGUGAUUGAGAAGCCCACGGAUCGUAUAGUAACUUGUCACGCUUCGGCUUGGGACUUCUGCGAUCGAGUGGAUUUCCGAAUUAAAAUGUGCACCCGCAUGAACAUGGAGGACUUUGUUACAAUACAUCAUGAAAUGGGCCACAUUAACUACUACAUCUUGUAUAAAGAUCUACCGGUGGCCCUAAGAGCCGGUGCGAAUCCAGGUUUUCACGAAGCUGUCGGCGAUACGAUCGCGUUGUCGGUGGCUACGCCGAAACAUUUCAACAAGAUAGGUCUGCUCGAAGAUUACGUAGAUAGUCAAGAGAACGAUAUCAACGCACUGUACCUGAAGGCGUUGGAUCGGGUAGCAUUUUUGCCGUUUGGACUGCUGAUCGAUAUGUGGCGCUGGGAGGUGUUCGCCGGCAAGGUCGAUUUCCCGGAUUGGAACAAACGCUGGUGGGAGCUCAGAGAAGAGUACCAGAUGGUGUCAGCUCCGGUCGAACGAGACUUGGAUGCUUUCGAUCCUGGUGCGAAGUACCAUAUACCCUUCGACAGUCAAUAUAUUUCAUACUUCAUCGCUCACAUUCUGGAUCUACAACUACAUAAAGCACUCUGCCAGGUAGCCGGUGAAUACGAACCAAACAAUCCGGAGAAACUCCUGCACAAGUGUGACAUCGAUGGAUCUACGGCAGCCGGUGAUCUUUUACGGGCUGGUUUGCGUCUUGGUCGCUCCGAGCACUGGUCGGAGGCCUUACGGAUUAUGACGGGUGAAACGGAACUGAAGACGGAUGCUCUAUUGGAAUAUUAUGCUCCACUGUACGAGUUCCUGAAGCAGGAAAAUGAAAAGGCCGAAAAAGGAGCAGCUACUUCGGUCAUCCUGUCGACCACUGUGAUCGUGGCUGCGACCGGGUUCAGUUUGCUGUUGAGAUUAUUAUGGGCGUAAAAUUUGCGUAUACUAUGUGCGAUAGA